CACGCUCUCUCCAACCUGUUCUUUUGUUCGCCUAAAUCCAUCUGCAAAGUCCACCGCUGAACCUUUACGUACCACGCUUUGCGCUCUGCCCACGCUCGACAAUUCGGAUAGAGUCUUCAAAAUGCCUCUCUUUGUUCUUUCGCCGGCCUCGUUAGCCCAUUCUGCCCUCUUCGCGGGCUACUACUCCUACCUCACGGCCAAUGUCAUGAGCCUCCGUGUUAAGACUGGCAUCUUCCUUGGGCAGGGUGACGCUGACUCUAUCCGCCAGAAGGGUCGCACCGAUACACCGAGCCCGCGGGAGGUGGAAAAGCUCAAGCGGGCCGUCCGUGCCCAAGGCAACUUCGCCGAGGGCACGCCCUUCGCUUUUUUCCUGCUCUUCCUUGCCGAGCUGAACGGUGCUCCGACAAGUCUAGUUCACGGCGGCUACCUCACACUGUUCACUGCCCGCAUUCUGCAUGGAUUCUUCGGCAUUCAAGAUGAGAGCACCGCAGCAUUGGGAAGGCCCAUCGGCACGAUCGUCACUCUUUUGGUCACAUCUGGCGCUGGUCUUUACAAUCUGAACCUGGGAUGGGAGCCUCUCAAGUCGUUUCUGGGCUUCAAGUGAAGGUCAAGUUUAGUAGGAUACGGAUAUAUGUAGUUUGCCUGCACGCAACGUAGAUGUUGUCAAAUGCU